UUUGGAAUUUGUAUGCUCAGCUCAACGGUUGGCACUUUGGCAGAGCUUAUCUGAACACACUGAACUAACCCGUGAAGCCACACCUCUGUGUGUCUCUCUCUCCUAUAAACGACGCCGUUCUCUCUUCCGCCAACAUCGCCGGAAAACUUCAAACACUAAAAUGGCGCUAAAAACCGUUAUCCCAUUUCCAAUUUUCGCGCCAAUUUCAACAACCACCACAACCACCUAUACAACAUCAACAACAGAACUCCGAUUUUCGCGUUGGAACAACGCAAACGCCGAAAAAUUCGAGCGAAAUCGACGAACUCAGCAACAAAUUGAAGACGACCUCCGCCGUCUUCGUCGCUUCGAAUCUGCCCUCAACAUUUCAACUAUUAACGAUUCUGCCACUCCCGCCAAAACAACCCCCAAUUUCAAGUCUACAGGUACCCCUUCCGUACCUUCUCUCUCCUCAAUUCCCGGCAAAAAGUCCAAAUACUCAAAACCCAUCAAAAACCCUAACCCUAAAUUGAGUAAUUCCACUCAUCCUGCGUUUCGGAGGGUGCCGAAACGGGCGAAAUUACCCGAAACGGGUGUUGGGGGAGAAACGGAUAUUAGGGUUGGGGAAAACGGGGUGACGUAUGUGGUUCCCGGGGCUCCGUUUGAGUAUAUGUACAGUUAUACUGAGACGCCCAAGAAUGUCAGGCCCGUUGGGCUUAGGGAGCCCGCUGUUGCACCAUUUGGGCCGGGUACGAUGCCCCGUCCUUGGACCGGUCGGAAGCCGUUGCCGGGUAGUAAGAAGGAGUUGCCGCAGUUUGAUUCGUUUCGUGUGCCAGAGGCGGGGAAGAAGGGGGUGAAGCCUGUUCAGAAGCCGGGUCCGUUUCUGCCGGGUUCUGGGCCGAGGUAUGUUGUGUCAAGAGAGGAGGUGUUGGGGGAGCCGUUGACGGAGGAUGAGGUGAAGGAGUUGGUGGAAGGGUGUAGGAGGACUAAGAGGCAGCUUAAUAUGGGUAGAGAUGGGUUGACUCAUAACAUGUUGGAUAACAUCCAUGCUCACUGGAAGCGGCGGAGGGUUUGUAAGAUAAAAUGCAAAGGGGUUUGUACUGUAGACAUGGAUAAUGUGUGCCAACAAUUGGAGGAAAAGACUGGAGGCAGAAUUAUAUACCGCCGAGGAGGCAUUGUAUUCCUUUUCCGUGGUAGGAACUACAAUUACAAAACUCGACCUCGCUUCCCUCUUAUGCUGUGGAAACCUGUUACACCUGUAUACCCCAGAUUAGUCGCACGAGUUCCAGAAGGUCUGACGUUGGAAGAGGCCUCGGACAUGCGAAGAAGAGGACGUGAACUAAUACCAAUAUGCAAGCUUGGUAAAAAUGGUGUCUAUGUAAACUUAGCAAAACAUGUCAGAGAAGCAUUUGAAGCUUGUGAGAUGGUCAGAAUAAACUGUCAAGGCUUGAACCCCAGCGACUAUCGUAAAAUUGGUGCUAAACUCAAGGAUAUGGUCCCAUGUGUGCUGAUCUCAUUUGAAAAUGAACACAUACUUAUGUGGAGAGGAAGAGACUGGAAAUCAUCUCUUCUACUACCUGAAGUUGGUGCAAAGAGUUACAAAAUCUCUGAAACUGACAGUGCUGAAUUGCAUGGAUCAGAUAGUGAUACUGCUGGUGAUUCCGUGGAUUCUGAGGAUGAAGAAGAGUCCUCGUCUUCUUUAAAUCUAUCAAAGCAGGAGAUAGAUGUGGAAAUGCUCAACCUAAGCAAUGGUUUGGGAGAUGGUUUAGAGGUGGGUGUUACAGAAGUGGAGAAUAAACACUUUGUGAAAGAUGAUGCAUCAUUGGAGAUGAAUGUAAAUUCUGUGUUAACACAAUCUGGUUCUGGGUUAGAUAUAGAUGGCACUGAUGACUUGGAAGUUUCUCCGGGGAAAUCUUCUGAUGAUUCAGCACUUUGCGGGGAACCGCAAGGCAUGUCAGAAAGCCAUUGUUCCUCAUUGUCUUCCUCAUGUAUAGAAGGUGUAUUAUACCUUUUAAGUCAAGCUGUAGAAAGUGGAAGCGCUGUGAUACUGGAUGCUUCUUCCUUAGAUGCAGAUAUGGUUUAUGAAAGAUCAGUUGCCUUCGCCAAGGUAGCGCCACCAGCACCUGUUUUCAGACACCGUCCUCGGAAGGUGGCUAUUCAGAAAAGUGAAGAGCUAAAAACCGGGGAUACAGAUGCUAACGAGGCAACACCAGUAGUAGGGCCUGUAACGAAAUCAAAUGCUAAGAAUCCCAAGGAAAGGAAGAGCUCUGUAACUCAAGAGGUAUUAGAUUUCAAACAGGAGAUACUAGACGUUGUUCCACAGGGAAGCCUAAGAAUAGAUGAGCUUGCUAAGUUGUUGUCUUAAUCUGCAUGCGAAUGUUGAUUAAAUAUUCUGUAUGCUGAUUCCCGUGAACCAAUAUGUAAUUUUAUGGUAUAAACUUCUUUUUGAGGUAUAUCUAUAGAAUGAGAACUGCAGAGAUUUCAUAUCCAUAACUAUGAUUGUGUCUAUGUAUUCUCUCAUAAUUUCGAAUAACGAGUCUUUAUUGCGUUUCACCUUUAUAA